AUGAGGACGCAAGCAGCAUUGCUAAUAGCAGCGGCCGCGCUGAUGGUGCGCGCCGACCGCUACCACCCUGCGGACCGGGCGGGACGCGCCGCCGCCGCCAACCUUGCAGAGACCGACCCCAUGUUCUGGGUGAACCAUGCGCAAGCAGCUAUCACAGAGAACAGCCAACGCACUGUUCCGACAAACAAGGCGCGCAACGUCGUUAUGUUCCUGGGUGACGGCAUGUCCAUACCGACCAUCACUGCCGCUCGUAUUCUGUUCGGACAGCGAAAACAUGCCACCGGUGAGGAGUCGCAGAUGUCUUUCGAGACCUUUCCCUCAACCGGCUUGGUGAAGACAUACUGCGUCAACAGCCAAAUCCCAGACUCCGCAUGCACAGCCACUUCAUACCUGUGUGGGGUCAAAACGAACCAUGGCAUGUUGGGCAUAAACGCUGCUGUGCCGCGUCGCGACUGCCUCGGAGGCAGGAAUACAGCCAACCAAGUGGAGUCUAUCGCUGAAUGGGCGCUUGCGGACGGGCGAGAUGCCGGUAUCGUGACGACAACCCGCGUGACGCACGCCUCCCCGGCGGGCACCUUCGCCAAGAGCGCGGACCGCAAUUGGGAGACCGACGCGGACGUGGAGGCGGCCAACUACAACACCACCGCGUGCCCCGACAUAGCGCAUCAGCUCAUACACAUGCACCCUGGGAAUCGAUUCAAGGUAAUUUUAGGUGGCGGCAGGCGUGUGUUUUUGCCUACAAAUGUGACUGACCAGGAAGGAGUAGCAGGCCGUCGGACGGAUGGACGUAAUCUGAUAGAAGAGUGGGUACAGGACAAAGUGGAUCGCGAGGUCUCUCACAACUUUAUCUGGAAUCGUGAAGAACUUCUAAAUAUCAGUAACAACUUGCCCGAGUACUUGUUAGGCCUAUUCGAGAGCAGCCACCUAAUGUAUAACCUUGAGGCAAAUAAUGAGACCGAACCAACACUUGCGGAACUUACGGAGACUGCCAUCAAAAUGUUGAGUCGCAAUGAGAAGGGAUUUUUCCUGUUUGUCGAGGGUGGUCGCAUCGACCACGCUCAUCACGACAACUAUGCGCAUUUGGCGCUCGAUGAGACUUUGGAGAUGGAAAAGGCCGUUUCUGUAGCUAUAAAGAUGUUAUCCGAAGAGGACUCACUGGUAGUAGUGACCGCGGACCACGCGCACGUCAUGGCCUUCAACGGGUACUCUCCUCGUGGCCACGAUAUCCUAGGUCCCUCGAAUGAUGUCGACGAAGACGAUGUACCAUACAUGACACUGUCAUAUACUAACGGACCAGGUUUUCGUCCCCAUGUAAACAGAACCCGACCUGACGUCACCGCAGAACCCACCUUCAACACAUUGAGGUGGCGUUCGCAUGUAGACGUGCCUUUGGACUCCGAAACACACGGAGGAGAUGACGUGGCCGUAUUUGCGUGGGGAUCUCACCACUCCCUGUUCGUGGGAGCGUACGAGCAGUCCCAUAUCCCGCACCGCAUGGCAUACGCAGCGUGUAUCGGCCCUGGCCAGCACGCGUGUAAUGGCGCCGCCCACAUCGGUCACUCACCGCUCGUGCUCGCUCUUUUGACCGCCGUAGUUGCGACAUGGUCUGUCCGCCAAACGUAG